CAAUCCAAGACAAAUACACUGGACAUCCUUCGGCAUUAUUGUUAACUGGGACAGGACUUCGUCAAGAGACUCGCAGAAAUAACUGAUGAUCCAUGCAACACCUUGAUGCUUGAAGCUAAUGCUCAUGAUGCAUUUGACGACUUUUGUUGGUGUCUCAAGCCUACAGAUGUGAAGAAUGUGUAUGCAAUUCAUGAGUUCCAACCAGGAGCAUUCUUCCCACUUAUCAGGAAGACACACAUCACAUUUGUUGAUCACAGCUACAAGCAGACAGCAGGUCCAUCUGCACAGGUUCACUCCAAGCAAUCACAUGCUGCCAUGGAGAUUCCUCUCCCUAGCUGUGAGCUGCUUUGUCUACAUGCUGCACUUGCAGGAGUUCUCCACCUCAGUGGUGCAGGGACAUUACUGUGCUUCCUCAGGGAUGAACUAGGAGCUGGAGGACAUGCUGUCCAAAGCUUGGAUGGCCAAAGCUUCAUGAAACAACUGAUUGAAGAUGAGCUAUAUGAAGCUGUCUCAGGACUUGAGCAUUUCAGGGCAUAAUUGGUUGGACAUUGGCAGAUACACAGUGACAGUUACUGCUGUGCAAUACAUUGGGUAGCUAACUAGUGCAUCCAAUCAAGAUCCCCAAUUGUCAAUAUAGUAGUGUACAUCCU